GUGUUCUUGUGUACAGUGUCAGUGAUCAGAGAGCCGCGCUCGCUCAUAGGGAUCCGUACAGCCCCAAUCUCCGAUCGCACCGAUCCCAGCCUGCACGAUGCUCAAGAACUUCGGAAGGAAGCUGCUGCUGUCCAUGGUGGGCGCCACCCUCACCUGCCUGCUGGUCCUGGUAGUGGAUCAGCAGAACAGACAGCUGGUACAGAUGGCACAGACCACCGACCUCUCCGAGCUGAUCGGGGCAGCCAAUGCCCAGGGCGAGGAGCCGCCCUCCAAGGAUGCCCAGACCUUCUCCGCUUAUUUCAACCAGCUCACCCGGGACAGGAAGGACGUGGAGCAAGUGGGGGCCCCUUCUGCUGGGGCCCCGGGGGCCAGCAAGCCCACCAUAGAAGAAAUCACCGCUAAAGAUGUCUUCAUUGCCGUGAAGACCACCAAGAAGUUCCACCGGUCCAGGAUGGACCUGCUUAUGGACACCUGGAUCUCCAGGAACAAGGAGCAGACUUUCAUCUUCACGGAUGGGGAGGACGAAGAGCUGCAGAAAAAGACAGAUAAUGUCAUCAGCACAAACUGCUCCGCUGCUCACAGCCGCCAAGCCUUGUCCUGUAAAAUGGCCGUUGAGUAUGACCAGUUCAUAGAGUCCAACAUGAAGUGGUUCUGCCAUGUGGACGAUGACAAUUACGUCAAUGUGAAGACUCUAAUUAAACUGUUGUCGCGUUAUUCUCAUACAAAUGAUAUCUAUAUUGGGAAGCCAAGUUUAGAUCGGCCCAUCCAAGCAACCGAGAGGAUCAGUGAAAGCAAAAUGCGUCCUGUUAACUUCUGGUUUGCCACUGGAGGAGCCGGGUUCUGCAUUAGCCGAGGAUUGGCCCUGAAAAUGAGCCCAUGGGCAAGUGGGGGACACUUCAUGAACACAGCUGAGAAAAUCCGACUUCCCGAUGACUGCACCAUCGGUUAUAUCAUUGAGUCUGUUCUUGGAGUGAAGCUAAUACGAAGCAACCUCUUCCAUUCUCAUCUGGAAAACCUGCACCAAGUUCCUCAAAUUGAAAUCCCAAAUCAGGUGACAUUGAGUUACGGAAUGUUUGAAAACAAGAGAAAUGCAAUCCUCAUGAAAGGAGUCUUUUCAGUUGAGGAAGAUCCAUCAAGGUUUCGCUCUGUCCAUUGUCUUCUAUAUCCAGAUACUCCCUGGUGCCCCAAAACCUAUGCCUAUUAGAAGACUUCGAAUCUUCUUCAACCUCGUCCCAAGUUUCCCUGGUAUCCGAAGGGCUUGUGGGACCAGUAUGUCGUCCUUGCUGUGAACGUCGCCAGUUUCUGGUGCUGUGCAUGGAACGCACAGUGUUUUUCGUUUCAUAGGCUGCUGUGCGGCCAGUUAACUGUCUCUGCCUGAGCAGACAGUGACCUCCUUAUCUCCUCAUGUGAUUGAGAGCCAUGGGGACUUUCUGGAAGAGAGCCUGAAGAUUGACAUGCUCAGUUUGUGUAUGUCAACUCGCUCCAUCAAAGACUUAUAGACUUUUUAAAUGCUUAGCAGUGUCUGCAAUUCUUAUAGAAUGUAAGCCGGACGACCUGCCUCUAUAACUGUUGCUUCUUGUGAGCUACCUAAUAGCUUAUCUACCUAAAUUUUCCCAAAAGUAGAGUACAUUUGAAAUCACCAAUCCAUCCAAGGUCCCAUUAAGUAGGCACCUUGGUUAUCAUGCAAUAUUUGUGUAGAUUGAUUGCUUGGCUACUGAAAAAUGUUUGGUACUUUAUUUUUCUAUUUUUUAUUUUUUUUUUGUACAUUUUGUUGACUUCAAGAUUUUUCACAAUUGGUGCUAAUAUUUUAUGGAUCUGAAUGUCAAAGGUCCAGUCUACGGUUCUGGGAAAAUUGUAUUUGCCUUACCCUAGGGGAUGUCUCCCUUCUAUAUUUUAGGCUCCGGAUUUAGGUCCAAAUGAAGACCCCCCCCCCCCCCCCCCCCCUGCCU